UUCAGGCAAGAAACAAGUACAAAGAGAAUCAUCUGUACCAUCACAAGAUGCUGGCCUGCAGGAUCCUUAGCCUUCUGGUGGCUUGCAGUAGCCUCGUCUGCCUACUGACGGCACUCACUACUGACUAUUGGCUAGUUGCCUACGGAGCAAAGGAUAUCGCCCACAGCGGUCUCUGGAAGACGUGCCUAGCAGGGCACUGCUUUGUGCCGGCAGUGCCUGAUGAUUACAUUGUGGUCACUCGCGUGUUCCUGAUCUUGGCCUCCCUGGCAGCUUUCUCAGUCACUGUUUCGCUCAUCGCCUUCUUCAUCCAGUGCACCGGCCACAAUAUGCGGGAAUCCUUCAUCGCUUCCAUUUCUGCUUUUGCAGCUGGACUCUGCACCCUCAUCGCUGUUGCCACGUACACAGCAGAAUCCUGGGAAAACAAGGAUACUAGUAUCCAGCGCACCUAUGAGUGGUCCUUUUACCUUGCGUGGGCAGCCUUUCCUAUGCUUCUGCUGGCUGGUAUAUUGAGCCUUCUUCUGCACUUGCGCUCACCAGCUUCCAGCUACGAGAGAAUCCUGGACGACCCUGGGACGUGCCACCUGGCCGGCGUCAUCCUCUCUUGCGUGGCUACAGUUCUUGUGACAGUCGCGGUCUCGACAGAAUUCUGGGUCAAGCGAUUUGUCCGGGGGAUCUUUGUGUUUCGGGGACUGUGGAAGGAUUGCCAGAUGGGAAGUUGUUCCCGUCUUGCCAAAGUUCCAUAUAAACCAUAUAAAUUUAUGAGCAGUUAUUCGGCUGGCUUAAAAGUGGAAAGCGGUACAUAA